AUGGAAGUCGUUGGUUCCCACGGCUCCGAAGAGUUGAAUCCUACCAGACAUCCGAUAUGGAGUCGCCAGAGAUAUCAACAGAACCGGAUCCGAGGUGCUGAUGCAAAUUUUCCACUCAGAUAUCUAGGGUCUUUGAUGUUUAACCUGGGAGCCUUCUUUCUACCAGCCCUCUACAGCACCCUCAGUAAACUGUGGGUUGCCAAUAUUGACUCGAGCCAGGUCGUAUUGACAGACGUUUACACCUACAUCGGCAUCGUCGCUGAAGUCCUCAACGAUGCCUUUCCACGUUCUGCUUGGCAUAUCAUUGGAGAUAAAAACACAAGGUCUCUCCAUUCGCGCUUGAAUCUGGCAUACACGUUGACGAUAGCCACCGCAACCCAAGCAUUCGUCUUGAUGAUUAUCUUCCUUGCAUACCCUCAAAGCCUGGCAUCGGCCUUUGUUCCCGAGGAAGUUCGAGGAAUCUCCCUCAUCUAUGUACGGCUGUCAUCGGUUCAAUUUUUGACCUCUGCAACGGAAGCUGCUCUGUCAUCCUCGACUAGAGCGCUUGAUAAUCCUGAUGUACCGCUGAUCUUCAGCUCUGCCAAGUUUGCAAUCAACAUUGUGCUAGACUUGCUGAUCAUAUCCAAGUUUCAUGUGACAAAGCGAGAACCAACCAUUGUCUCCCAAGCAAUAGUAAGACUUGUCUGCGAUAUUGCCUCCGUUGUAGCCGGUCUGCUCUACUUUUAUCUUAUGGUUGCACGGAACGUACAGAAAGAACCGGAUGGGAGAGAAAACCCAAGAAUAGGGUUCCCAGAAUUCAUAACUCUCCUCAAACCGAGCGUCUACACCUUCACAGAAUCAGCGAUCAGAAAUGCCAUCUACCUCUGGCUGGUGAACCGAAUUAUCCAGAUGGGAGACACAUAUGCCACUGCUUGGGGCGUUUUCAAUACGAUCCGUUGGGGCUUAGUUAUGGUUCCAGUGCAAGCACUCGAGUCAUCAACACUUGCGUUUGUGGGUCACGCAUGGGGAGCUUUCCGUGCAUCGUCAGAUACGAGUCACCCCAGAGCUUCUCGCAAAGAGAUAAUGACGAUACUCCAACCAGCAUUGCUGUCAUGCGUGAUCGCCCUCAUUUUUGAAGCGGUGGUUUGCAUCGCGCUGUCUAUUCGUGGCAUAGAUGGGUUUGCAUACUACUUGUCGAACUCGAGGGAUGUAGCUGCAAUUACACAAAAGAUGUGGAGGCUUGCAGCAGUCCUACUUGCAGCUUCACCUCGGUGGUAUCUGUACCAAGCCUUGGGGUCAAACUUUCUGUGGAUGUUGCCGUGGGCGAUAUUAAUGACCAAGGAGUCGUUCCCAAGGUCUCAAGCCUGGUCCUACUAUGCUAUUAUCUUCGGUGGAGCCCUGGUGUUUGACUUCUUCGACGUUAGCCUAACUCUCCUUCUCUGGCUAUAUAGACUAUUCAAAGGUCGAGUCAAAGUGUAG